UUGUUUUCCUCUUUGUACGCACGCACAGACUUUCCAACAGAGGACAAGAGUGACACGUCCUCUGUGGUCGCGCUUUCACCUGCGCAACAUCCGCACAACAGGACCCUACUUUGGGAAGCCAGGACCCAGGAGGCAGGGGAACACGUCGUAUAUGAGCCCUAAGCCCCGUGAGUCCCCUGGGAUGGCGUGCAGUGCGUGUUACUACCUGGUUAUCAGCUCCACUCACCUGAGCAAUGGACACUUUCGGCGCGUCAAGGGGGUCUUCAGAGGACCGCUGCGUCCCACUGCAAACAGCGAGUCACCAGGGAGAGAACACGCAAGGCUUGAUGGAUUUCCUAAGGAGCGAGCAGAGAGGGCUUUGGGCUGCUCAGCGGAGGAUCUGAAGGCUCUUUUCUACUGCGAGCUGUGUCACAAGCAGUACCUCAGACACCAGGAGUUUGACAACCACAUCAAUUCCUACGACCAUGCUCACAAACAGAGACUGAAGGAACUCCAGCACAGGGAGUUUGCUCGCAACGUGGCCUCAAAGUCAUGGAAGGAUCAGCGCAAACAGGAGAAGGCUCUCAGGCGUCUGCAUCAGCUCGCACAGCUGCAACAGGAGACUCAGCGAGUCUCAGGAAGGACUUGUGGACUAAGGAAUGCAGUCAAGCAACACGAUAAAGAUGGAGACCAAAGAGGCCACAGCCGGGAUGACAAACAUGUACCCUUCAACCCUGCUCGCAGACCCCGUACUACUCUCAGCCACAAGCCAGAAGAUCCAUACCAUUCCCCAACACAAUCACUGCCACCCACUGCUCCUGCAGAGUCCCCAAUGAUCACACAUCUGGCAUCUAUUGCGGACCCUCCUGCAGUGAACCCCCAGUCUUGCCUGGGCUUGUGUCCCCAGCUGCCUCUCUCUGGGCGAGGAAAAGCCGGGGGCAGGCUUGGGGUGUCCUUCUGUUUCUCCCGCAGAGGGCCCAGACUUGAGCCUUCUGCUUCUGUCUUCUCGGACCUGGAGGAGGAGGAGAGAGAGAAAAGGGAACAAAUGAAAGAAAGGAUAAAGGGAAUAAUGGAGGAUAUUGACAAGGAAAUCGGGGUAGCAGUGGAGAGAAACAGUGAGAGUGAAAAGUGUACCGUUGACAGUGUUGGACUGAGCGACACAGAGCCAAUCUCCCGGGAUUCUCCUAAAGAAAAAGAAGGGAGAGGAAAAAGAAACAAAGUGAAAGGAGAAGCUCCUACCCCCACAGAAAGCCCUGAUAAUCAGAGCCAGGAAUCACUGUUCUUCCCAUCCCAAACACAGGUGACUAUAUGGGGAACAAAAACAGACAGUGAGACAGAAACAAAGCGUGAAACAGAAGGGUUGAGGGAGAAAAGUCAGUAUAUGUCAGUGCUGGGGAGAGAUGGCUCUACCCAUCUGAGAUGGCCUGUCAGUUUGCUUAAGUUCACCAUUUCUCAACCAAACAUCUGCUACAGCUGCAACCCGCUCUGCUCGAAUCCCCAGCGACGAGAGCAACUGGCUGAGGAUCCACAGGAGUCACAACAAAAUCAGUUGUGUGCUCUUUCACACGAAUCAAAUCCAUGUGUGCCAGCUAUUCUUGCACCAGACUCUCAUACCUGUUUACAAAGACAGACAAAACAAAGGCUGAGAGCAGAGAGAUGGGAAAAAGCUGCAGCAAAUUUCAAGGUAGUGCAACAUGUCGAUGAAGAGGCAGAGACACACCUGUUCCUAAAGAACACAAACCUUUCAUCACCAGAAACAACACCAGAAAGAGGCAUAUGCAUGCUAAGUAUAGAGAACUGUGCGAGGGCAGCCUCCCAUCCAUUUGACCCCGCUCAUAGUGACAGCUCUGACACAAACUCCCAGAAUCCUAAGGGAGGAAGAUUAGGGGGUGCGAGAGGGAUCAGGGAAAAAGCCAUCACAGCUCUGAGCUGUAAAUCAGAGUCUGUCAUCCAGCCUGGCACACAGGGGACAUGCAUCAGCCCAUCCAGGUGUGAGUGUGGGAGUGAGACAAUGUGCGAGUGUGCCAGUGCUGCACAGCCGUACGUGGGUGUCUCAGAAGUGUCACACAAAAAGAGAAAGAAAGCCAGCACUAAGAAACACAAGCUGGGGAAAAGGAAAAGGAGGGAGAAAAAGAAAGAGUCAAAAAAGCAGCCAUCAGCGAGGUGCAAAGUGAGGAGCGUUGUUUCCUCAGUGUCAACUGGCAGGGAGAGUAGAGGAGAAGCUGGAGGGAGCUGGGGCAAGGGGAGGAGGCAGAGAGGGACAAGGAAGAGGAGGGUACAGAGAGCAGGGAGCAGCUGUCUCCUGGGAAGAUGUGAGACUGAGCCAGUAUCUGUCUCUGUCAGGAAGAGGGGGCCUCACAGGAGCCAGAGCACUGAGUCCCAGUCACAGGCAGACAGGGAGCAGGCAGAGAACCGCAGUGCCUCCUCCCUGCUCAGCAGACACACAGCAGACAAAAACACCAAGGGGGAAGGAAAGCGAGACGGAGACACUGUGACUUUUCCCUGGCGGUCUCACUUCUCCGUACACGCCUUCUCACCAGGAUGUAACUCAAAGAUGUUUUGGGAAAGUGGUCACCAUAGCAACCCCAGGAGUUUCAUUGACUGCUGUUACCCUGACAACAGCUGUGGUUGCAGCCCGGCUAGAAAGAGAAAAAUCCUCCACAGGGACAGGAAAUUCAUUCAUAGUAAGAGGAAGAGUUUGAGACACAGAGAAGUCUGGGAGCAGAGUGAGAGGAGCAGGAGAGCGGGAGGGCGAUCGGGUUGCAGAGACAGGGGGAGGAUUUCUGAUGCAGAACAGUGGGAAUGGAUGAGAGGGAGCUUUCCUGGUGGUGGCGAGGAGGGUCUGUCAAAGCCUUGGUGGAGAUCAAGAAGCAGAGCAGAAGAGUGGGAUCAGGUGGCAAGGUUUAGUCCCAGUCCUAGCAGGUGGGGGAAGAGAAGCAGACACCUGAGCACAGAAGAUGUUGACUGGGACAGAUGGACAUGGGGCAGCAGUGACAGCUGGGACGACUGGGGGACACACAGAUCCACGUCAGGAUACAGGACAGGGGCAGAUAGCAGAGACAGCCCAAGCUUUAUGUGGAAGAGUUCAGGCACCAGACGCUCAAGCUCAAGACAAUUCUCAAGCCCUGAGUGGUGGACAAGUAGACAGGCGUACAGCCCCCAGGGUGCGAUCAACACACGGGCAGGCAGAUGCCAAAGCCCACGAUCCUGCAGCCCAUGCAGCAGCACCAGCAUGUCUGAGCUCAGCUUUGAGUGGAGCCGGAGCAGUACCUGCUCAGGAGGUUCAAAUGAUGCAUUGACUUUUAGUUCCGGCAGGACUUUCCCAAGAGCUCAGGAGCUUUCAUCAGAUGAGGCAAAGAAGCAGGGUAGUCCCAUGUCCUCUUCUUCCAGCCUCACCUCUUGCUCCCUCUCUCAUUCUUCACCCCAAAGGACUUCUUUAGCUCCUACAAUCGAAUGCCUCAACAUGAGUCCCCCUCAGCAAAAAGAGUCCAAUCCACCACCAAUCCUUGCUACUCUCCCCGGACAAUCCGUUAGUAAGUCUCCUCCACAGAAACCAGCAAGGAUGUUGCUACUCCCACUCAUUGGGAAACUACCUUCGAUCCAGAGAAAAACCCGGAAGUGGAGAGGACUACUGGAGAGGAGUCAGGAGAAGGAGGGAGAUGAGGACAAGGAAGUAAAGGGUAGUGGACUGGAGCAGGGAGUAGCCAUCAACAGGCAAAACUGUACACUGGAAAUGGUUGAGCGAAAAUCUGGCGGCACACCAAAUCUCACCUCAUUGCAAAGUAGGACAGUUGACAAACAAACAGGUGGAGGGACGGCUCCACCAAUCAGCUUUACCGCUGAGGAGAUGGGCAAAUAUCGCCUCCUGCAAGAGCAGGCCAGAGAGCACAUGCAGAAAGUCCUGGAACAGUCACAAGAGGGUGCAGAGUCACACACAGAGACAAACUACCCUCAAACACCACAGAGAGAAAACUCUGGGACUUCAGAGGAACAGUAUACACCUGCAACCUUGCACACCCAGUCAUGUCACACAGACACAAUGCAAACUCAAGCACAGCACACCCACCAGGUCAGUCUCCAACUUCCACAUGUGACCCCACCGGAGAGUUUCACCCAAGCCAUCGCUCUAGGAGUCCCCAGCCUACCCCCUCUUCCACCACCUCCCUCUCUGUCAAGCCUCCAUCAUAUCAUUUUACAACACACACUCUCCUUGCCCCCGUCCUCCACAUCCUCUCCCACCUCAACCUCUUCCCCUGCCAUCCAUCCACACCCAGUUCAGCUUCCUCACCCUCUGCCCCCUCUGCACCCACCAACCCUUCCUCAUCACCUUCACCUCCCUCCUUUCUCCAUAUCCUCCCUAUUCCCUUCCAUCUUGCUCUCCCAUCAUCCCAUCCCUCUUCUCCAGCAGUCGCCCACUUUUCACCCGGCCACACUUGCUCCCCUCUCUCCUGUCGCCCUGCAACCCCUGAACCCACAGCCUUUCAUGGACAGAGCAUGGCCAGUGAGGUUUCAACAGAAGGCGUUGUGAUUUUUUCACAGAGCAGCUGCCAUGUUUAUUAAUCUUCCUUGGCAACACAGACGAGUAAGAGAGAGAGAGGGAUAGGGAAUUUUUGAUUUGGAUAAAAGCCGGCUAUUUGAAAUGGGGAUGUGUCAGAGCUUUUACGAGCAUCAACUCCAACUUUAUUCACAUAUGCCCUUACACACACACAUGCAUACACACACAGACAGCCUGGCUAUUGACUGUUUUCAAAUGAAAAUUCGUUUCUCCAUCUAGCCUUUGCUGUGUUGCAGCAGAUAGUGGGAAAACAUACUUUGAUCCUUUGCUUUUUUCCUUCAUUCCUCAUUCAGGCCUGCAAUAAAGGGAAAGGUGCACCUGCUAUUCAAAGACAAGCUGAGCUUGUGUCAUCCUCCCUCUUUCCCUCUGAACCACAGACAGAGCAGCUGCCUUUUGAAGUAGCCUU